CCAGCCCGCAGCUGCGGCGGUCGGUGCGCUGCAGGCGGCGCGGGGGAGCCGGCUCCUGACAGCAUCCCGCGGCUGCCACGUCUGUCACUCUGUCCCAGGGUCCGCCAUGGCUCUGGUGCGGGACCCUGAGCCGGCGGCCGGAUCCUCCCGCUGGCUGCCCACGCAUGUCCAGGUGACCGUGCUGCGGGCCAGCGGGUUGAGGGGCAAGAGCUCGGGCGCCGGCAGCACCAGCGACGCGUACACGGUGAUCCAGGUGGGCCGAGAGAAGUACAGCACCUCGGUAGUGGAGAAGACGCAAGGCUGCCCGGAAUGGUGCGAAGAGUGUUCGUUCGAGCUACCGCCUGGAGCCCUGGACGGCCUGCUGCGGGCACAGGAGGCAGAUGCGGGCCCUGCGCCCUGGGCCUCCGGCCCCAACGCCGCCUGCGAGCUCGUGCUCACCACCAUGCAUCGCUCACUCAUCGGCGUGGACAAGUUUCUGGGCCGGGCAACCGUAGCUCUGGACGAGGUCUUCCGCGCAGGCCGCGCCCAGCACACGCAGUGGUACAGGCUUCACUCCAAGCCAGGCAAGAAGGAGAAGGAGCGCGGUGAGAUCCAGGUGACCAUCCAGUUCACACGGAACAACCUGAGCGCCAGCAUGUUUGAUCUUUCCAUGAAGGACAAGCCACGGUCUCCCUUCAGCAAGCUCAAGGACAGAGUGAAGGGCAAGAAGAAGUAUGAUCUCGAAUCUGCCUCAGCGAUUCUUCCAAGCAGCGCCCUGGAGGAUCCUGAGUUAGGCAGCCUGGGCAAGAUGGGCAAAGCCAAAGGUUUCUUCCUCCGAAACAAGCUACGCAAGUCCUCGCUCACACAGUCUAACACCUCUCUGGGCUCUGACAGCACCUUGUCUUCCACUAGUGGCAGCCUGGUCUACCAGGGACCCGGGGCGGAGCUCCUCACCCGCUCACCAAGCCACAGCAGCUGGCUGUCCACUGAAGGGGGUAGGGACUCUAUACAGUCCCCCAAGCUGCUCACCCACAAGAGGACAUACAGUGAUGAGGCCAGCCAGCUUCGAGCAGCUCCUCCCCGGGCCCUUCUUGAGCUCCAAGGCCACCUUGAUGGUGCCUCCCGCUCUUCCCUCUGCGUCAAUGGGAGCCAUGUGUACAAUGAGGAACCUCAGCCCCCCUUACGGCACCGCAGCUCCAUCUCAGGCCCCUUUCCACCUUCAAGCUCCUUACACAGUGUCCCACCUCGGUCCUCUGAGGAGGGGUCUCGGUCCUCGGAUGAUUCUUGGGGCAGAGGCAGCCAUGGCACCAGCAGCUCAGAGGCAGUGCCUGGACAGGAGGAGCUGAGCAAGCAGGCCAAAGGGGCCAGUUGCUCUGGAGAGGAGGAGGGGGCCCGGUUACCCGAGGGGAAGCCAGUCCAGGUUGCCACCCCCAUGGUGGCCUCCUCUGAGGCUGUGGCAGCAGAAAAGGAUCGGAAGCCCCGAAUGGGGCUCUUCCAUCACCACCACCACCAAGGGCUGAGUCGGAGUGAGCAGGGGCGCCGUGGCUCAGUCGGGGAGAAGGGGAGUCCGUCCCUGGGAGCCUCCCCCCACCAUUCAUCCACCGGGGAGGAAAAGGCCAAGAGUAGCUGGUUUGGCCUGAGAGAAUCCAAGGAGCCAACUCAGAAGCCCAGCCUGGACGUGUCUCCUCAGGUAGAAUCUGACCCAGCUGCUCCUCACCCCUGCUCCCCCCAGGCUCUGGCCCCCCCUCCUGCUCCCGCUGCUGCUCCCAUGCUAAGCACUAACCUUUUUGCAGUCACCUCCCCUGCCGCUGCCACUGCCGCUGCUGCCACCAUUGUCCUUGAAGCCACCCCAUCCGGAUUCUUGGGGGUCACCAACCCGUUCCUCAACUCCUUGCAGAGCAACCCCUUCUUCGAGGAUCUCAAAGCCGACAUAGCACUAAAUUCUCCUUCACCUGCUCCCUCUCUCCCCAGUGCCUCGAGGGCCAGCCUGGCCCCCCUGGCCUCCCCUGGGAAAGCCCUGCCUGAGUGGGACGACACCUUCAACAUCUUUGCUGCUGGCAGGCUGCAGCAAGAGGCCGGGAGUGGGAUCCUGGCCCCUGCAGGAAUGGGGCUGGAGGAGGAUGGGCUGCAAGACCCAGGCCCUAGGACCAUGGCAGUGAAAGCGACAGAGCCCCAGGGAGAGCCUGGGAGAGGAAGAAGAGGAAGCAACAUAUGGCUAGAGCCCAAGGUUUCUGUGGACUCAGAACUGGACCAGCCAAGCACAAGUAUGUCUGACCCAGGACCCUUUGGGUCUUCAGGGAGUGGUCCAUCCUCCAGGGCAUCCCAGUUGCACCUGCAAGCCUCAGCCUCAACACCAGACCGGGAGCUUCCUGCCUCAGAAGGGGGAGCGGGGCAGAGUCCAGCAGAUAGUGGGGCAUCUCUGUUCAGCUCCCCAGAAGUUCUCAGUGUGUGGGAGAGAUUUCCUGGUUCAGAUGACACUCCUGGAGGCCGAGAUGAGGAGGCCCCCCAAGAUGGAAGCCAGCUUUUCCAGGAGCUGAACACAGUGGAGGAUUCCUGGCCUUGGGAUGUGAUCACCAUUUCUCCUACAGCAGAGGUCGCUUCACCUGUCAUGAAGGGAGAAUCCGACGGGGUACUUUCUUCCCAGGUGCAGCCUGAAUCUCCAGAUACUGUGCCCCCCAUGGGGAGCGAAGGGCUCCCAGCAUUGCUGGAGCCAGAGCCAGAGCAGGGAUUGGAUGAGGGGCCAUGGCUUGGCCCUCCACCUCCCAAGCCACCACGCCUCUUCACACCCACCAAUUCUCAGGUGGAGGAGGAGGACAAAGAGGAGGAAGAGAAUGCUACAGGGCGGCAAAGUAGCAGGGGACCAGGGGUAGAAAAAGACAGCACCCCCCGUGCAUUGGCCAUUGGUCCCCAAGAGUCUAAGGAGGAAUGGGUAAAUCCAGAGUUGGAGAAAUUGCAUAGACUGCCCUCUGGAACCCUGAUAGGUAAGCCAGAACUUGAAGACCCAGUAGGAGAAACUAGUAGCCCUGUGUUUGGGGACUGUCCACCUAGGCCCACCAGCUGCCCUGAGGGGCCUGUCCCCAGACCCCAUAACUCAAUCAGCUCCACUCUGCUGAGUCAGAAGGUCUUGGGGACCUCAGAGACAGAGGAGGGCUUUGAAACCAAGAGCCAGGAGCUAGCCAAAGAGGGGUUUGGGCCUCUCUCAGUCCCCUCCCAGCAGUCAAGUAUGCGGGCCAAGGAAGAGGAGGAGGGGGAGGAAGAGGAGGAAGAGGGAGAGGAGGAGGAGGCAUUGGAGACCUCCAAUUCCUUCUUAUGUCAGGAAAGCCAAGAUCCCCCCAGCUUCCCAUCCAUAUCACCACCAGGGUCAAGGGGAUCCUCUAUUCACUCUGGUCCAGAAGAGUUGCCCACACCCCCAGAACCUGCCUUCCCACCUCCCCCUCUCCCACCCUGGGCCAGCCACCGCCACGGCGUGCCAGGCCCUCCAUGCCCUCCCCUGCCUAUAGCCUGGCCCUUGACCUCUUCUUCCUCACCUCCCGAGGAGUCAGCUUCACCCCUCGGUCCCCCUGAGCUCUCCCCCACUGGGGGCUCCCCUACAUCAUAUGGGGAAGACCAUGCUGCAGCCACCCCAGCCUCCCCGCUUGUGCUUCUGCCCCUGGAGACACGACCAGCUGAGGAGCCCCAGCCCAGCGGCAGUCCCCACCCUGUGAAACCCCUUACUGCUGCCCCUGUGGAGGCUAGCCCCGACAGGAAACAGCCCCGUACCAGCCUGAGCACAGCCCUGAGUAGCGGACUGGAGAGGCUCAAAACUGUCACAUCUGGUGGCAUCCAGUCUGUGCUUCCAGCGUCCCAGCUUGGCUCAAGUGUGGACACCAAGAGGCCAAAGGAUUCUGCUGUGCUGGACCAGUCGGCCAAGUACUAUCACCUGACUCAUGAUGAGCUCAUUGGCCUGCUCCUGCAGCGUGAGCGUGAGCUGAGCCAGAGAGACGAGCAUGUGCAAGAACUGGAGAGCUACAUUGACCGGCUGCUGGUGCGGAUCAUGGAGACCUCGCCCACACUGCUGCAAAUCUCCCCUGGCCCCCCCAAGUAGCCCUUCACGCCAUCCCUGGAGGGAUGGUGAGGACCUGUGUAGUGCCCGCCACUGACUGCUCUCACCUGAGUAGGGCAAGCCUGCUCUCAUGGUGACUCUCUGCACCCCUCCCCAUCCUGCCUCUGCUCUGGCUGCUGGAAGGGGCUCUUUGAACUCCCACUGGAGCCUUGGGUCUUCCCUACCUGACCAUUCUCACACGCGAGGUUAUGGGGCUCCCCAGAGAAUUGCAACAAGGUUGUUAGCUGUCAAGAUGGAGCAGGAGUGAGCUCUGGGUUCUGGGGUGAGCUGAAUUAUCUAAGGCAACACUGUUGACAGCACAGCUCACCCCAUGAGGCUGGUCAUUUGUUUCUCCUCUUGACCAACUCUUCAUCUCCAUUGCCUUCUGGCACCUGGAGGGUCUCCUAGGCCACUGGGACAGGGAUGGGAACUAAGCUGCUUGCUUUUCUGUGCACUGUAGACAACCAGGGCACCUACACUUCAGCCUUGUGCCUAUACCCUAAGAGCAAGGAGCCUGUGUGUUUUCGUCUUGUCUCUCUGUCUAGAGCAUGUACACAGGGUGGUGGUGGUGGUGGGGGGUGGUGGUGGUGGUGGUGGUGGUAUGUGCCUAUUCCUCAGCUGCCCCCUGCCCCUCUUCAGACCCUCCCACUCCAUGUCCCAGUAGUGGUGGGAGGUGGGGUGGGCACAGAGGGAAUGACUUCUUUCUCCUGCAGUCCUCCCUACCUCCCUAACAUGAAACCCUCCAGGUUGGGGUUUGGGGCUGCUCAUGUUUUGUGGACCAGGCCUCCAUUCAUGUCUGUUAACACUCGUCAGAUGCCAAAACUGUGCUGCUGUGGGCUCAGAACAUUUGGAAACCAAUUAAACGUGCCUUUUGUGGGUGAGGACAAGAGCCUCUGGAUGUAGAUGUCUCUCUGGCCAUGGUGUCCCCUCCCUCCUGUUGAGCACGUGAAAACGGCUGUGAGGGUCCUGAAAGGGGGCUGUGGACCACGCUGUUUACUACCCCGAGAAGUACCUCAGCUAAGGCUCUGGCCAACCUGCUUUGGAGGUGUCCUAAGCCGCCUUCCCACUUCCUGGUCCUCCCUUGACCCUUAUUUGGAGCAUCCUGGUAAAAAAAUCUAGUGCACAGUAGGUCUGGGGCUAUCCUGCACCUUACUGUGUCUGACCUUGGGUCCCAGUUAUGCUGGACCAGUGGGUUUGUCUGGAAGCAGGAGGCUUCAUUCUGCUUUAGGAGACACCUGAGCUUAGGAAAAUGCCCGUGGCUCUCCAGCUGUUCUGUCCUUGUUGUACAGUCCCUCCUGCUCACCAAUCCCUCCUGUCUUGCCUGGCUUGGCUGAAGUGCAUUCAAGUGAAGUCAGGUAUCUGCUCUGUGGUCCAGCUUCUAGCUUGCUUGUGAAUACUGCCAGUCUCCCUGGCAUCCUCGGGGGUCCUUGGUGGCUGUGCAUUACAAAAGGUAUGAGUGAAGGAGGUGAGAUGCUGACAAAAGAUUCUUUGGGCCCAGUGGAGAAGCAGUAACGUCUUUCCAGCUGUCUCUUAAAGACAGGGUCAUGGGUUCACUCAGAACACCUCAGGAGAAUAUUCUCUGUGGAUGACGUCAGUCUUCUGCCAGCAUAGAGCAGAUGAACCACAAUGGGGUCCACCACUGUGCAGUUACCAACUAUAGGUCAACUCAGAGAUGAGAAAAUAGCCACCAGUUCCCAGAGUUUGGGGGUAGGGUCAGUCCUUGGGUGUUGGAGGUGUCUUUUGAGGAACUGAGUCCCUCUUCUAGGUCUUCCUCUGGGCUUUAAUUAGUCCCAGCCCUUCUCUCAUCUUUCAUCCAUCCUUGCUGUUUGGCUUCUCUACAUGGCCAGGGCAGGGGUGUCCUGCAGAGAGGUCCUGAACUGAGGCCAGGGUUUUGUUCAUUGUCUGAUCCUUACCACAUACUGCAGAGUGCAGCCAGACAGGCAGCAAGCAGGCACAGCUCUGCUCUGCCCUUUGUCCUCCUAGUUGAAACUCCUGUCUAUAAAGAGCUUGUUCUUCAUGUUUUGAGCACUUUAUGAAGAAUAAAAAGAUCACGUACCGCAGCCA